AACAUGCACUUGCAAUUUGCCACCGCGGUAACAAUAUACCGUUUUCGCUUAAUCUACCACGACGCCAUUAUUUUUUCCUAGGCACACAUUACAGUUACAGCACACUAGUCUCAUAAUAAUUAUCCUUCCCUAAGUGACCAAGAGUAUAGCAGCCACUGAGCAGCAUCUUCCUCGCUUGAUUAACCGAAAAUCCGACACUGUUAGUGUUACCAACAUAGUGUCAACAGUAUAUAAAACGAUCGGCGUGGAAUACCGACAGCGCCGAGCGGCUUUAUUCGCGCGCCUUCUUUAACUGAUCAGUCAACUGUCGUCCUCGCAGGAAAAUGCAGUGCCAUGCACUUCUUGUUGUCGUGUCCUUUUGCCUGUGGGUUUCCCUGAGCGACGCUGGCCGGCUGCCGCCCGGUGUGACAGAGCAGCAGUUGAUGGCCUGUGAAAAGGUCAAGAAUCUCUUCCCGCCCUGCGCCCGCUUCCUGCAGUGCAACAUGAACGCGGUGUCGGAGGAGCAGCGCAUGCGGCGUAAGAACCACCUACGCCACUGCUUCCGCUCGGUGUCGCCGGCCUGCAAGAACAUCAUGAACGCCAUGCGCGACAGCCCCGAGAUGCAGAUGUGCAAUCCGCCCCGCCAGCGCCGCCCCGCCGCCGACCGCAACCAGGCGCCGCUACCGGUCGCGCCGGUGACACUACCUCCCAGUAUUAACACCACGCAAGGCAGUGCCUCCACAACCGCAGCGGAUUCACAGGAUGACGAAUAAUCCAGCUACUAUAGGAUAGCUGCAUUCUCGUUCAGCUCAGAACACGCACUACUCUGUGUACACUGUACAGUAGCAACUCUUUACGCUGACAGAUGAAAUGGUAAUAAUUCGCAAAUUACGUUAAUACUUUAUACAUUUUGUGCAAGAAUAAUAUACCUGUGCCGGUUAAGAGUUGCCGGCAUACAGACGCCGAUACGAGUAUUUUGUACAAGUACACAGACGCUUCGCAUAGCGUAUGAUGUUAUCAAAAGUCAGCACG